GUUCAUUUCAAACCCUUCGCCCGUUCUUUUCCUAGAAUGCAUACCUAACUACCCAUUUGUCAUAUCAGUAUUGCAAUAUCCCCUCAUUAAGGCCUCUACGUGCCGAAAAGCUCUCUUUAGAUGGCGGAAGAAGUAUACGAGAUACAGAACAGAGCUUUAGAUACCCAAGCGCAAACCCAUAUUCCCAAAACCGAGAGGGCAGACACCACACGGAACUCCACACAUUCUUCUAUCACAGCGCGAGAACCUGCGACCACAAAACUUAAGCUAAAUGCCUAUCCUCUCUUAAUUCUCUGCGUUUACAUGAUGCUCGCUUUGGUGGCAUGGAUUUUUACUUGCGUGGCAAGCCAACACCCAAUUCGAGGCCUAAAGUCGUACACCGGACCGAGUGACUAUAGAGUUGACGAGCUUCACUUUUUCCACGUUAACGAGAAGUAUAUCAGAGGUACCGAAAUUCUGAGGAGUAUUGUGACGCUCCUGACAAUCCCUGUUACGUCGGCUAUCUGCUCCAUGGCUGCUGUGGCAUACAUGCAGGCUGGAAGUCUGCGACGAGACCUGUCUUUGAGACAGCUGAUGGCUUUGGCAGACCAGGGAUGGGCCAGUCCUCGGAUAUGGAUGAAGUUGGUUGAUGUUCGAGGAAAGUUGAUUAUAAUGAAGGCAGGCAGCCUGCCGCUAUUUAUUGCUUUCACUCUGACGCUCAUUGGAAGCAUAUCCCAGAUCAUGCAAGAAACCCUUGCCACAACCAAAACAAUCAAGGGCAGCGUCGACGUUCCCCAGUCAAUUCCUAGUCUAGUCGACAUACCCAACAUCUUCAACCUCGAUGGAUAUCAGAACUAUGACGAUGGAGAGCUUGUCUAUGUGCUUCGGAACCUUAUAGAUACCGCAACCAAAUACGACGCCCAGCCUAACAUGUGGUCCCACGAGGGUACUUUACCUAGCAACGGCCGCUAUAUAGACUCCAGAUACAGCCAUCCGGAUGUGUUCAUCUCGGAAAUCCCUGCGAAUUUCAGCACCGGAGUGUACAACACACCUCAAUUUGUCCCACGCAUGAACUCGACUACGAACUACACCCGGGUUCUUGAAGGAGACUUUACCUCUAAUUGUCGAAACGAAACGGAUACGGGUGGGUUCUAUGCCCAAUACACUAGCAGAGGAUAUGUGGAGCACUCCCUAAUAGCAUGCAUGGCCAGCGAUCUGCGCAAUUCUCCCUGGAAGCCGACACGCGACCGACAAGAUAUCACCGAAACUCUGUACCUGAACAUCACAACCGGUUCAAUUUCAUCCUCAAACUCAGAAUUCUAUCGCGCCACUGUCUGGACGACUCUUGGCUACUUCGAGCUUCCCAGAGAAGCGAACGGGAACCAGCCAGGGCCUUUGCUCGCCAAAGAUCCCAUCCCAAAAAACUCGAAGCAGUUAAGAUACGCAGCAAAUGGCCGCACAAACUAUCACCCACGAGACGCGGUCUCCAAUAUUAGUACCACAAACCUUGGUAACGAGACUCUCAUCGCUGUAACCCACAAAGGCCCCCUACUUUCCCUUACUCUAGCAUUGUUUGGCAACGGAUCCUACAUCGAAACGCGGCUGCAACACCCAGAAGCCUACAUUGAAACGCGGCCUGCCUUUAACGACCAAAACACUCGCCGCCCGUUUACCGAUCUCUGCGUCGCUCUGCGCCCGUUUGCACUCUAUCAGGAUCGCGGGUGUAUCACCGACUGGGAUAUGAUCAGUGAUGAGUCAAGCAUAAUGUCUGGUUGGCUGUUUCCAUUCACCCACAAUAUGCCCAGCUUCCAGAGUGCGAUGGACGCGGGCGUGUUCCUGGCGAAUAGAUUAUUCCUGACGAGAGGAGUUCUAAUGGAUGAUCAUAAGAGUAGGAAUUUGCAAGUUUGGUAUGAGAAGGGUGUAGACACCAUAAGAUUAGAGAUGUCGCACCGGGCCAUGAUCGCUGGAUCCGUAUUCCUCGGACUCCAUCUAUUCGGCCUGCUUUGCCUUGCGAUGUAUGUGUUCGUUAUGAUGCCUUGGGCAAAUAAUUUGGGAGCGGAGGUUAUGUUAAGAGUUGGCGCGAGCUAUGUAGGUCAGCUUGGGGUGGCGGAGGGAGCUGGCUGGGAGGCGGUGUAUGAUGAAUUACCCGGGUAUAUUGGGGAUGCGAGACCAGAGGGAGAGAUUGGAAGGGUGGAGAUGGGGGCUGGGGCGGCGAUCAGGGCGGGGAGGAGGAGAUAUGAAUAUAUGAGGUAG